AUGGUUCGUGGACGUGGAGGACGCAGCAGUAACGGCAACGGUGGGAGAAACCGUGCAACACCCUACGAGGGAGCACGUGAAGGUCGUAGCCGUCGUCGUGGAGGGGGUGGAGGUGGCGAAUCCAAGGGACGAGCGAAGGGCGGCCGACACAGUCGUCGAGGUGGCGACAAGCCCAAGUCGAAAACUGCUGAGGAAUUGGACGCUGAGAUGGACAGUUAUUGGGGAAAAUCCGAGGAACAUGCAGCCAAGAAACUGGACAGUGACAUGGACAAUUAUUGGAAGAAUAAGGAUGAAAAGUCCAAGACAGACGAAGACAAGAAGGAGGACACUGUUGAUGGGGACAAGAACGUGAACAAGGUGGUGAAUAAGGAGAUGGAGGACAAGAAGCAGGAAGAACUUGCUGCUCAAGAGAUCGCACCCGUCACGGAGAAACCUGUUAAGGAAUAG